AAGGCAUUAAGUGUGCAUGUCUUUCAUACUGCGCAUGUCUGGUGAUGAAUUGGUUCUUACCACUUUUUGUUCGGCAGGAUAUUGGUCCCUGGUACGAAAUUUGGCAUAGACCUAUUCUGGGGACUUUCGGCAAACCACACGAAAGUUCAGCUUUGGGAAAGUGACACUCAGAUUUGGAUGCCUACCGAGCGGGUCUCCAUUAAGGAUCAACAAACUUACAUCCUCAGAAAUCGUCAGGGAGGCACGGCUGUCGACCUCUCGAGUGCUGAUAACUAUUCCAUUACCGGCUAUCACCCCCACGAUGGUUCCAACCAGGCGUGGAUCUUCCAGCGUGUUGGUGACCAGAACGGCUGGUUCAUCAAGUCUUCCCGCUCUGGACAAUACCUCGGAAUCGAAGGCAACGCCGAUAACGGCACCAGGGUCGUUGCUGUUCCGUCUCCUUUCAGGUGGGAUAUUGAAGAUUCUGAUAUCAAAGGCACUAAAGGCAUUAGGAUAUUGGCCCAUGGUACGAAUUUUAGCUUAGAGCUAUCCAACAAUGGAAGUCCAGCAAACCGCACGAAAAUUCAGCUUUGGGGAAGUUGGCAUAACCCCCAUCAGAUUUGGGCACCUGUCGAGCGGGCUUCCAUUUAGGACCAGCACACUCAGCCUCAAAAAUCGUCAGGGAUGCACUAAACUGAUUCAAAGGUAUGUUUCUACCCCAGGCUCGUAUAAUGUAAUACGAGCAUACUUCAUACAGAUCCUCCCCGUCAGUACGA